CCAAUCGCCGCCUGACCAUUGCCGCCUCUGUCGAAUUCGUAGCCCUAACUCGCCUCGCUCCAGCGAUGACCGCGCUCGCCCACGCGUCCUCCUUCCUCCCCACAGCCGUCGCCGCCGCUUCCAGCAAGAAACGCCGAUCCUCAUCCUCCUGGAUCGUCGGCUUCUCCCGGAGUCCGAUAGUCUAUGCUUCCUCGAGUUGGGCGCCGGAUAGUUGGAGAUCCAGGCGGGCGCUUCAGAUUCCAACGUACCCGGACCAGGAGGAGCUGGAGUCGGUGCUCCGAAGCCUGGCGACGUACCCUCCGUUGGUGUUCGCCGGAGAGGCGAGGAAACUAGAGGACAAACUCGCGGACGCUGCCGUCGGGAAGGCGUUUUUGCUUCAGGGAGGUGACUGUGCCGAGAGCUUCAAGGAGUUCAACGCCAUCAACAUAAGGGAUACCUUCCGCGUUCUGCUGCAGAUGGCGGUGGUUUUGGCGUUCGGCGGCCAGAUGCCUAUCAUCAAGGUUGGCCGUUUGGCUGGUCAAUUUUCGAAGCCCAGAUCUGAACCAUUUGAAACGAAAGAUGGCGUAAAACUUCAGAGUUAUCAGGGUGACAACAUAAACAGUGAUAGUUUUAAUGAGAAAGCUCGAGCACCUGAUCCCCAAAGGCUGCUCCAAGCUUAUAGCCAAUCAGCAGGGACACUAAAUCUUAUAAGAGCAUUUGCUCAUGGUGGUUAUGCUUCGAUCCAGAGAGUUACUCAGUGGAAUCUUGACUUUGUUCAACACAGUGAACUAGGAGACAGAUACAUGGAGCUUGCUCAGAGAGUUGACGAUGCCAUUGGAUUUAUGGUUGCUGCCGGACUGACUGCCGACCAUCCAAUCAUGACCACGACUGAGUUCUGGACAUCCCAUGAGUGCCUUCACUUACCAUAUGAGCAAGCAUUAACAAGGGAGGACUCAACAUCCGGUCAUUACUAUGAUUGUUCAGCUCACAUGCUUUGGGUUGGAGAAAGGACUCGCCAAUUAGAUGGGGCACAUGUCGAAUUCCUCCGUGGGCUGGCCAAUCCUCUGGGCAUAAAGGUAAGUGAUAAAAUGGAUCCAUCUGAGCUUGUAAAACUUUGUGAGAUUUUGAACCCUCACAACAAGCCCGGAAGGCUAACCAUCAUCACAAGAAUGGGAGCCGAGAACAUGCGCGUCAAGUUUCCCCAUCUAAUCAGAGCCGUAAGGCAAGCUGGCCUAAUAGUUACCUGGGUGAGCGAUCCGAUGCACGGUAACACAAUGAAAGCUCCAUGUGGUUUGAAGACCCGUUCAUUCGACGCAAUCAGAUCUGAGCUUAGGGCUUUCUUCGAUGUUCACGAGCAAGAAGGGAGCCACCCAGGCGGAGUGCAUUUGGAGAUGACAGGGCAGAAUGUCACAGAGUGCAUCGGUGGAUCAAAGACGGUUACUUUCGAUGACUUGAAUUCUCGGUACCACACUCAUUGUGAUCCGAGGCUCAAUGCAUCGCAGUCCCUAGAGUUGGCCUUUGCUAUCGCUGAAAGGCUGAGGAAGAGAAGGACUCGCUCGUGGAACAAGCGUGUCGUCGACCAGCCAUCCCAAGCAAUGGUUGCCUAAACUGCCCGUAGAACUACUGAGCUCGAUCAUUUUUGCUAGUCUUCCAAGGAGGUGGAUCAAUUCUACUACCCUUGUUCAUCCUAAGUAUCAUAGUCCUUUUGUGAAGGGCGACCUUUUGCUUAAUAAGUUGCUUCAAUUAUAAAUGUAUGAUUUUGUGAAACAAUGGACUGUUAGAUUUUGGUUCAUCCUAUUUUUAAAAAAACAGUUAAAAUUAUUUAAAACA